AUGGUGUACAAAUCUUUGGAUUCCGUCACCGUCGAAGAUAUCGAAGCGUCGGGGAUAUCGUCUCAACUGGCUGAAGAAAUUCACCGGAAGGUGGCGGAGAUCGUUAAUAAUUACGGAGCUGCCACGCCGGAGACUUGGAACCUAAUUUCCAAACAUGUCCUUACCCCGAAUCUACCUUUCUCUCUUCAUCAGAUGAUGUACUAUGGUUGCUAUAAAGACUUCGGACCCGACCCGCCUGCUUGGAUACCCGACCCGGAGAAUGCAUUGUUAACAAAUGUUGGCCUUCUGUUGGAGAGGCAUGGAAAAGAAUUCUUGGGCAACAAAUACAAGGAUCCUAUAUCAAGUUUCUCUUAUCUUCAAGAAUUUUCGGUUUCAAACCCUGAGGUUUAUUGGAAAACUAUGCUGGAUGAAAUGUGUGUAAAUUUUUCAGUUCCUCCUGAUUGUAUCUUACAUGAGAGUCCAUCUGAAGAAAGCCAAGUAUUGAAUCCAGGUGGUAAAUGGCUUCCUGGAGCUUUUGUUAACCCAGCUAAGAACUGCUUGAUUGUUAAUAGUAAGAGAAGUUUGGAUGAUAUAGUAAUAAGAUGGCGUGAUGAGGGUGAUGAUAAUCUGCCUGUGAAAAGCAUGACACUUAAAGAAUUGCAGAUGGAAGUUUGGUUAGUUGCACAUGCACUCAAUGCUCUGGGUUUUGAGAGAGGAUCUGCAAUUGCAAUUGAUAUGCCUAUGAAUGUCUACUCUGUGAUUAUCUACCUUGCAAUUGUUCUUGCAGGCUAUGUAGUUGUAUCCAUUGCUGACAGUUUCGCUCCACUUGAAAUAUCAACAAGGCUUAAAAUAUCAGAAGCCAAAGCCAUUUUUACUCAGGAUCUUAUUAUUCGUGGUGAAAAAAGCAUACCUUUGUAUAGUAGAGUUGUGGAAGCUCAGGCACCUAUGGCCAUCGUUAUCCCAGCCAGAGGCUCUAGUUUCAGCAUCAAAUUGCGUGAUGGUGAUAUUUCAUGGCCUGAUUUUCUGGAAAGUGUAAAAAAACUCAAGGGAGAUAUGUUUAAGGCAGUAGAACAACCAGUUGAAGCAUUUACAAAUAUCCUUUUCUCAUCUGGAACUACAGGUGAGCCAAAGGCAAUUCCAUGGACCAAUGUGACUCCUUUCAAAGCUGCUGCAGAUGCAUGGUGCCACAUGGACAUCCGUAGAGGUGAUAUUGUUGCAUGGCCUACAAACCUUGGAUGGAUGAUGGGUCCUUGGUUAGUAUAUGCUUCAUUGUUAAAUGGCGCCUCCAUGGCGUUAUAUAAUGGAUCUCCCCUCACUUCUGGCUUUGCCAAGUUUGUACAGGAUGCAAAAGUAACAAUGCUUGGUGUCAUCCCUAGCAUUGUCCGGACUUGGAAAAGUACAAACUGCAUGGCUGGCUAUGAUUGGUCAUCCAUCCGUUGCUUCAGUUCCACUGGUGAAGCAUCUAAUGUAGAUGAAUACCUAUGGUUGAUGGGGAGAGCUUGCUACAAGCCUAUCAUUGAAUACUGUGGUGGCACUGAAAUUGGUGGUGGUUUUGUUUCUGGAUCAUUUCUACAGCCCCAGUCGUUGGCUGCUUUUAGUACACCAGCUAUGGGUUGCCGUUUGUUUAUUCUUGGCGAUGAUGGCCAUCCUAUUCCUCAGGAUGCACCAGGGAUGGGAGAGCUGGCCCUUGGUCCUCUUAUGUUUGGUUCUUCAAGUACACUGCUAAAUGCUAGUCACUAUGAUGUUUACUUUAAAGGCAUGCCUUCAUGGAAGGGAUUGAUUCUUCGAAGGCACGGGGAUGUCUUUGAACGUACCUCUAGAGGAUACUAUCACGCACAUGGUCGUGCUGAUGAUACAAUGAACAUCGGUGGUAUUAAGGUUAGUUCUGUUGAGAUUGAACGCAUCUGUAAUGCAGUUGAUAGCAGUGUACUUGAGACAGCCGCCAUUGGGGUGCCACCAGCAGAUGGUGGCCCCGAACGAUUGGUAAUUGCAGUUGUCUUCAAAGAUCCAGAUAACUCAACAACAGACUUGACUCAGUUGAGAAUAUCUUUUAAUUCAGCAGUUCAGAAGAAUCUCAAUCCUUUGUUUAGGGUAUCCUAUGUUGUGGCACUCUCAUCUCUCCCAAGAACAGCUAGUAAUAAGGUUAUGAGGAGGGUUUUGCGGAAGCAGUUAGCUCAAGUUGAUCAAAAUUCUAAACUAUAAAUUGGGGAACAAAAAUCUUCUUCAUGUAUGAAUAAGGUAUUAACUAGGUCAUCUUUUACGUGCUUUAAUCAUUGAUGGAAAUAAAACAAAGAGAAUUAAAACCCUAACUCUUUUUUCCUCUCUUUCUCUUUGGUCUGCAUUCUCUUGCUUUAAGUUUGCUUAGGAAUAAAUAUCAAUGUUAUCGGUACUGUACUGUACAGAUUUGAGGAAAACUGAUAAAUUGAAGUUUAUGUACCGUUCACUUUUCAUAUUGAUCCGUAUUGAUCGGUAUAAGAUUUUGCCUAUUAUUUUAAUAUUGUUCACUUAUCU